UCACCCACACUCAAUAUCGCCACCCCUUAUCCCUCGCCCCUCUCGCAACCUCUCCAAUGGCCAACGUCUUCCGAACUUCACCAUUCUCGGCGCCAAUUGCACCGCCGCCCUCCGCCGCCUCGCCCAACUCUAGAAAACGUUCGCCCGUUUCAUUUCGGCUAAAUCAAACAAGCGGCAACAGCACGCCUUAUCUCACUGUAAGCUCCCUCCGGUUCUCUCACUUGCCGUCUCUCCGGUUCGUCAAGUUCGCGCCUUUGGCUUCACAAGGUGAGACCGAGACAGCUGAGACGGUGGAGAAGGAGGUUCAGGAGGGCGAAGAAGUCGAGGACUCUUCAGAUGGUGUAAUUCCUGUGGAAGAUAGUACAAGUGACGGUGAAGAAGGUGGUACAACUGAUGAUGGUGAAGGUGAUACUGAGGAAAAAUCUGUUUCAGCCAUCACAGCUUCACUCCAACUAUACAAAGAAGCUUUAGCCAGUAAUGAUGAAUCAAAAGUUGCUGAAAUAGAAUCUUUCCUAAAAUCUUUUGAAGAUGAAAAAAUAGGACUUGAAAUGAAAGUGGCUUCUUUGUCUGAAGAACUGUCAGCAGAAAAGGUUCGGAUUCUGAGAAUAAGUGCAGAUUUUGACAAUUUCCGGAAAAGGACAGAAAGGGAACGCAUUUCUCUCGUAACAAAUGCUCAAGGGGAAGUUGUGGAGAGUUUGUUGCCUGUAGUGGAUAAUUUUGAGAGGGCAAAAAGCCAGAUUAAGGUGGAGGCAGAGGGAGAGGAGAAGAUCAACAAUAGCUACCAGAGCAUUUAUAAACAGUUUGGAGAGAUUUUAAACUCCCUUGGUGUUGUCCCUGUUGAGACGGUUGGAAAACCCUUUGAUCCAUUGUUGCAUGAAGCAAUCAUGCGUGAGGACUCUUCAGAAUACGAAGAAGGUAUUAUAAUUGAUGAAUUUCGCAAGGGGUUUAAGCUCGGUGACAGGCUUUUGCGGCCGUCAAUGGUAAAGGUAUCGGCUGGUCCAGGGCCUGCCAAGGUAGAGCAGGAAGUACCUCCAUCUGAGGAACAGGAUGCAAGUGAAACCACCGAGAAGGGAAUCGAGUCAGCUUAAAGACCACAUAUUGAGUCUAGUUCAGUUUUGCAACAGAAAUGGUAACUUCAAUUAUACUUCAAUCAGUAGGGUAGUAAUUUUUGGUGGGUGUGGCUGUUUCUGGUGGCAUAUUACUGCCAAUUUUCUUUUCUACUGAGAGAACGAUACUGCUUUUGAGCGAACAAUCAGAUAAAGCAAGCGCACGAUAACUUUUGUGCAGUGAUUUGGAUGUCCUUGAAUGUUUAGUGCCUACCACAUUAUCAAAUCAUCAGUUGGAGUAUCUGUUUCUUUUUGGUGAUCAGUUACAUUUUGUACUACUUCAAGUUUAUGCAGUCUUGAAAUGUAUUAACCUCAUGGACUUCAACAUGUUUUAACAGCUUAUCGAUGUCAAAGUGAGCUAAAAUUCGGACGAACUUUGCCACGGCAAAGUUUCUCGGCAAUGGAGUUCAUCUUGGGUUACAAGCUUUCCGGUAAGAAUUUAUGUUUGUUUUGGGUUUUCCUAGUGGUCUACGGUAGGGUUUAGGGUUUAGUUAUCUUUCUUUUGUUAUGGUUGUUUUGCAAUAAAUGUUGGGUAAUAUUCUGCUUGGAAUUGCUCCUAGAAUAGCUAAAAACGCUAACCGAGUUCUGAGGAAACAUUUGCUAGGUGCUUUUCCAUAAAGCACAUCCAAGUACUUUUUCAUGAAACACUUGGACUUUUAAUUAAA